UUGAAGGUAGUGAUGACCUUCUAAUGAAACUACUAUUAUGUCUCCCACCAAAACCACUUUUCAUGUUCAAAUUAGUAUCCAAAAGGUGGAUGUCCACCAUUUCUAGUCCUUAUUUCUCUUCCAUUUGGAAGCCUAGGCCUACCUCUGGUCUCUUUGUGAGCUUAUCUUCAAAGGGUAACUUCAGCAUCAAAUAUACUUAUAUAUCCCUUAUACAACCUAAACAAAAUCCAGUGGUACCUCUUCAAUGCCUUGAUUUUAUUAAAGAUUCUUGUGGAGUUGAAAUUUUACAAUCUUGUGGUGGUUUAUUAUUUCUUUGUCGAUCGCGUGCAAGUGAAUCUAGUUUACAAUACUAUGUAUACAAUCCAACAACAAAACAUUUCUCAACAUUCCCAUAUCCAAAUCUACUCGACAAAUGUCCAAGAAUUUCAUGCUUGAAUUUGUCAUUUGAUCUAUCUAAGUCACCAUAUUGCCAGGUUAUCCACAUCUAUGGUGAGUACAGAUCAAACAUUGUAUUCCAUAUUGAAACAUACACCUUUGAGACCAACACUUGGAGAUACUCUGGAGGUCCUUUCGUUGGUCCGGUUGGCACGAGCUUUUCUAAGGGUGUUUUCUUGAAUGGUACACUUCACUGGCCUACAGACUACUCAGAAACUUCAGUAUGUUAUGAUGUUUAUGAGAAGAAUAUCAGAAAAUUUCCAAUGCCUCCACUUCAGAGUGAAUGUGGUCGAAACUUGAACUACUUCGGGGAAGUUGGAGGGAAGUUGCAUGCUAUUGAUUUUACAGAGUGUAAUGCAUCUAAUUUUGAUGUCUUUGUGAUGGAAAAUGACUACUCUUGUUGGUUCAAGAAGUACCAUAUUGAUCUUGACACAGUGGCUCAAUCAUUUCCUGAAAUGGUGGUCUAUAAGCCCGAUCCAUGGACAGAUAAUACAAGAACUUUUCUCAGAUAUAAAGUACAUUCAAUCAUUGAAACAGAAACACCAGAUAGUCCAUCUUUGGUGCUUUAUAUACAUGAUGAUAAGUUCAUAUCCCUGAAUUUGACAGAUAAUACGUUGUUGAAGCUGCCUGAUUUAAGUAGACGAUCGUCUGAUCAGCAGAAAUCAUAUUUUAGGAAGUCUCGAGCCUUCCAGUAUGUUGAAAAUCCAUUUUGGAUAUAAGCAGAGGCAGAUCUAGGAAUACAACAACGUAUCGGACCUGAAUAUGCUGGCACUUCAGGAAUUCUUCAAGCUCUAGCGUCUUUGGAACACUAAUUGGUAUCUUUAUCACAUUAGCCAAAACUUAUUUGUUUUUGUUCAUUCCUAAUGCAACAAGAUGGACUUUACCGAGGCUGAGUUACUCCCACUAUCCCAAUUUAAAUGUUUGUCUAAAAGGUGAAAAGGUUGAAUCUAGAAUGUUUAUUCUUAAAA